AUGGUAAACGAGAAAAGGAGUCGGGGUCGCCAGAGGGUAGAUAUGGUGAAAAUGACCAACAAAAACAGCCUGCAGGUCACGUUCUCUAAACGUCGCGUAAGUUUGUUCAAAAAAGCAAGCGAACUCUGUACCCUAACACGUUCAGAGAUUGCUAUUAUGGUCUUUUCUCCGGGUAGCAAAGUUUAUUCUUUUGGCUCCCCGAGUGUGAGCCAGAUCUUGGAGAAGUAUGAGACUCAAGCGUCUCAUUUUAUUGGUUCUCAGGGCUCAAUCAAUGAGGCGAACCUGACAUGUGAUAAAACUAACGAAAUUAGCGUCAAUGAAGAACUGAGAAGACUGGAAGAUCACCUGGACGCCAUGAAGAAAAUGAGCAGCGAACUUGCACAAAUGGUGAGAGCCGAUCAGAAUCGAUAUUGGUGGCAAGCCCCUAUUCAAGAGCUAAGUGUAGAACAGCUCGAGCAGUUGAAAAUUGCUUAUGAGGAGCUGGACAAAAGAGUUCAGAUUCAAGCACAAAAAGGAUUGCCUCCAAAUGUCAAUUUAUUUCCGAAUUUCAACAUAUCAGUUAAGAAUGGGUCCUCGUUUGCUGCUGACCAGGAACCAUUUGGAUUUGGAGUUGAAAAUUUAUCAUCUUCUUUUGUUGAUCCAAAUGCAACUGGUUCGUGGAACUCACUUGAUGGAUAUUUCUGA